AUGACCAUAAUACUUUUUUUGGUCGAUACCUCCGCGUCCAUGUGCCAGAAAGCGUUAGUCAAUGGAGUUCAGAAGUCAUACUUGGAUAUAGCAAAGGAAGCAGUAGAAACGUUCUUGAAUAUUCGCCAACGAUGUCAGGAUUGCUUGUGUGAUCGUUAUAUGUUGCUAACGUUCGAAGAUCCGCCCAACAACGUAAAAGCAGGAUGGAAGGAGAACCACGCGACGUUUAUGCGCGAGCUGAGAAAUCUGCAAAGCAACGGUCUUACACCGAUGGGUAAGGCGUUGAAAAAUGCGCUCGAUUUGCUCAAUCUGAAUCGCGUUCAAUCCGGUAUCGAUACCUACGGCCAGGGCAGGUGCCCGUACUACCUGGAACCGUCGAUAAUCGUCGUGCUUACGGAUGGCGGAAAAUAUGCGUUCCGAAACGGUGUACAGCAGGAAAUCAUCCUACCGUUGAACGCGCAAACGCCCGGAACGAAACUUACCAAGGAACCUUUCCGAUGGGAUCAGAGACUGUUUUCGCUUGUCUUGCGGAUGCCGGGCAAUCGUGUGGACGAGCGACUGCAAGGCAAAGCGCCACACGAUGAAUCGAUGAUAGAAAAAAUGUGCGAAGUAACUGGCGGCAGGUCGUACAAAAUUAAAUCGGACUACGUGCUUAACGAAAGCCUUGAAAGCCUGGUCCAACAGAUUCGACCGGGUGUUAUGAUCCAUUUCGACCAAGUCAUUGCACAGAACGGGGUCCGUGCGAUCGACAUUCAGCCUACUAAACGUAUGAUUUACGUGCCAAAACAAAAUCCUUCGCAGAAAACGUUUCCAGUGGGAUAUUGGCCGAUACCGGAAGCAUAUUGGCCCAAUCCCACGCUAACCAGCCUGCCGCCUCGAGAUGCACACCCGAGGAUCAACGUAAUUUGGCCAAGCUGCGACGAGCCGCAGAUGUUGCGUAAUUUUCCGAUCGACAGAUACGAAGUUGAAACAUGCCCACUUACGGCACACAUUAUAUCGAAGAAGGAAACAAACAAAAUAUGGCCCCUGCUUAUAGCGACGGAGGUGCAGGUGCAGGGCGAAAUGCCUUUUGGUUACUUGAAGGCCAGCAGCACGCAUACCCACCUAGUGCAUCUCUACGUGAUGCCAUAUAACUAUCAAAUGUUAGUGCCCUUGAUCAACGAUCUGGUUCACAAGUUCAAUUUCAACCCACCGACCGAGUGGGUGUGUAAGUUUACCAGCUAUGUGAAAACGAUUCCACAGUACUACUGUCCUUUCUUAAGGCGAGCACUCGCCACUACGCUCAAUGUUCCGCACCAGUUGAUUCAAUACAUAUUACCCGAAAGCCUUGACAGUUUCCUGAGUCCGUCGGUUGCGAAUUAUUUGAAGCACAUGAAAAAUACUGCCAAACAGGAUCAGGAGCACCUGUGUCUGCGGGUUCUGAACCACCUAAAAGAACCCAAACAACCGUUCCGUCAGAUUGGAACAGUAACAAUAAACGCGAGCGUGCAGCGGAAGCGUGACACUGUUUCGCACCCGAUGCUUAAGGACACCUUCACCAAAAUGCAUAUGGAAACCGCUAAUUAUGACAACUUCUCGAUUAUGAUACCUAGUACCGUACGUACGGCCACUAUCAGUAACUGCCGUGAUCCUUAUGAGAUAACCCGAGGAGAGUUGCUUGAUGGGCUGGCACGAAUGAGACACUGUUUCUUCCGCUUGUCAACGGGAAAUAUUACCCUGUUCACGAAAGACUCUGGUCACUGCUUGCCGAUCUCUAACAUGGGUAACUACCAAGCCUAUCUCAAGAAUAAACCAACGUCGCUGCGGCAGCUAGAACCAACCAAUAUUUGCCAGCACUUGUUCGGAAAUCCUUAUAAGAAAAAUAAAAGCAUAGUAAUGGUGGACGAGGCGGAUCUUAACGAUGUGGGGUCUCUGAAAUCAGUGCCCACCGUUAGGCACCAUGGUGGCUCUCAGAGGAAAACCGACGAAAAGAACACUGCGUCCCGAAUGAAAGGCCAAAAACGAAAGGCUGGUCCGAUCCACAAAGACUAUGUGUUCAAGAGAUUGGUGCCGACUAAUAGAUUUUCUACGGGUGAUGUAAAGUCAGAACUGAUUGCGACUGAUUGCGUCUUCAUUAAGACAUCAACCGAGUAG